CAUCAUCACUCUUAUUACACACAAAUCUCUCUCUAUCUCUAUCUCCUUUUGUCUCCCUCUCUCUCUCUCUCUUCUCUUUCUCUUAAUCUUUCUUGCCUGAAUCUGUAGCUAAACCAUGUCGGAGAGACCAAGCCGUCACCAGAGAAGACCUUCUCAGAGCUUCCCGAUCUCCCUUGAUGAUCUCUCCGAUAUCUCCCUCGCAGCAAACCCUCCUUCCUCCGUUCCUACUCAGCCACCGCGCCACCAGAUCCCUCCGCCUUCUCCAGCCGCUCCUCCGGCCAACAAUGUUAGCCAGGAUCCCAAAGGGACUGCUUCUUCUAAUUGAGUUCUCGUUUUUAAUUUAAGUUUUAAGCCUUUUUAAUUAUCGCAUAAGCCUCUUUCCUCCUUCUCCCUUCUGUAUUUUUCUUUUUAAUUUCCGCUUAAUAAUCAGAUUUUGUAUGAUAAAGAGUCAAUGUAAUUUCGUAAUCGGGUUCAUGGUGAUAUCAAAUGAAGAAUACAAGGGAAAAACCUUAUCAUUGUAUUAAAAGAAAAUAUAUAUAUAACCAAAAUCUGAAUUA